AAUACAUGUGGUCAACAAGCAUAUGAGUUCCCUUUUUAUUAUUUGCUAUGAGGGAACUGUGUCUUAUUAGUUUUUGUGUCCCAGCACAAAGCCUGACACCGAGCAACUGCUAACAAAAUAUUUGUGGAUUUAUUUAAUGAGAGUUGGGAGGAGGUGGAGAACGGAGGGUGGGGAGCAUCACACAUAAAUGCGCAUGCUUCAAAUGUGAUGAUCUCUUCCUGAUGUGAUCAGACCAAAAAUACAAAACAGAAACACGAUCUGUGCCAUGGGUCCUGGCCCUUUUUGCUUCUGCCAGUGUGUGUGAGGAGAUGCAGAGGCAAAUUCCGUGGCAGUUAGAAAGAGAACUGGAGGCCAAGAUGGAGCGGAGGGAACAUUUAACCUUAACUUUCCACAGUCCUGAGGUUCCCAAAAUAAAGGGGGACCGGAGAUACCAAAGGCCUACCCUCCCUGCCAACAAACAUCCAAGUGCCUCGAUGUCAUCCCAGAGGCGGCAGCAGCAUGUGGAUCAGGCACACAUUUACAUCCGAAUGCUCUGUGGCAGCCUCUGUAGUUUUAGCCUCUUAAUGCUGAUCAGCAUGUCCCCACUGAACUGGGUGCAGUUCCUGGUGAACAGGAAUGGCCUUGAGCUCUACGCAGGACUCUGGACCUUAUGCAACCAUGAGCUGUGCUGGAGCCACACACCCAAGCCACCCUAUUAUCUCCAAUAUUCCAGGGCCUUCUUUCUCAUCUCUAUCUUCACCAUACUCAUUGGCCUUGGCUGGCUCUUCAGCUCUUGCCUCCCUAGUAGAGGAAGCAUGACCACCAACUUGGAUUUGAAGGUAUCCAUGCUCAGCUUCAUCUCAGCUACCUGCUUGCUCCUCUGUCUCAACCUGUUUGUGGCACAGGUUCACUGGCAUACUAGGGAUGCCAUGGAGUCAGAUCUCCUAUGGACCUAUUAUCUUAACUGGUGCAGUGACUUCUGUUACACGUUUGCUGGGAUUGUCUUUCUUCUCAACUACUUUACUUCCAGAUCUCCUACCCGUGAUCAAAGUAUCACUGUGAUUCCAACAGAGAUAUCAAGGCUGGGGUUUGGUCCAGUGACUACAGUAUCACCUGCUAAAAAUGAAGGGCCAAGGUCUAAGAUGAAAUCUCUAAAUGUGAAACAGAAAAAUUUACCAAAGGCAGGACUGUGAUGGUGAUAGGAAAACCGAACUAUUGCUUGUCUUAAAAGCAGGGGAGAAGCUGAGUUGGGAAUGAUUGCAUAAAUUCUUGGAAACCCUCUUAAUAUCAUGUCCAUAUUUCUGGAGAAGACAGCAUUAAAGCUAAUGAAAUGUC